CUCCCGAGUUACAGUAUCUCGUCGACCGAUCCAGCUUGGUCACUUCCACCGGCUCAAUCAUCUCGCUCACCUCCUUCUCCUCCUCCUAAUCUGCGCCCAGACACGAGCACGCCAUCCGUCGGUUAACGACCGUUCACAAUGGGUGAUGCUGCCGAGUUAACGGAGCCCGUUUCGGGUGCUGAAGAGCGGCCCAACUCAGAAUCCGAGGUUGCGAAGCCGCCGCCGCGCAAGCGCAGACGCAUUGUCAUCAGCUGCACCGAGUGCCAUCGGCGCAAACAGAAGUGCGACCGAAAAUUGCCCUGUACGAACUGCCAGACGCGUAAUAAGGAAUCGUCCUGUCGAUAUGAGGCCGGCGCACCAAUCCACAAGACCGACCCGACAGUAGCACCGUCGUCGACGACAAAUGAGCAGCCCGACACCAAGUCUGCUGUGCCGAGCGCCGACUUUGGCUACUCAACCAGCGCCGGCUCGACUCUGGGCUUUUUGCGCAAGAUCGAGACCGCCCAGGGGGCACCUCUCCCCGGCCUCCCGAAUGAGAUACCCUCCGAAGAAAGCUACGACAUGCGAGAACGCUACAAAUCCUUCAUCCGCCAGCUGCCUGCGAGAACGCAUGUGGAACAGCUCGUCGAUAUCUACUUCCACGAUGUCAAUUGGCAGUACUUCGGUAUCGACGAGCCUCUGACGAGAAGUCUGUUGAAUAAAUGGUAUAGCCUACCAUUCAAUGUUCUAUCGAACUCUGGGCCGCAGGCUUUAGACCCCAUGCUGAGAGCGCUGCCCGCAUUGCUGUUCCAAUUGGCUGCUUGCGCGUUGCUGUAUCUCCCUCGGGACAGCGAGAAGAACUUCGAAUGUCUGAAAUAUACAAGUAAUAUGACUUUUGACGAUCUCUCCGUCGAAUACAGUGAGGCUGGUAUGGCAAUUUUGACGCUGUUGGGUAAGCGACAAAUGUCCAUUAUUACCGUACUGGCGGGCUGGUGUAGAGCAUCGCUCCUUAAAUACACUGGCAUGGUGACCGAAGCUUGGCAUCAGGUGGGAACCUGUAUCCGGGAUGCUCAGGGCAUUGGCCUACACCGAGACCAAAUGGAUCCUCAGCCGACAGCAGAUGAUUCUAAUGAAGAUACGAUAGAGAAAAUGUGGAGGGCGCAACACCGCCGGAUGAUCUGGCUUGUCCUCAUGGGCUGGGAUUUACAUACGGGAGCCGUGUUGGGUAGGCCGACCAGCAUCGACCACCGCUUCAUAAGUCGCACUUCUCCCAUUGACGCCAUCCUCCCUAAAGCCCCGACCAAACAAACACCUCUUGUGCCGCGCACAGAUGACGACCCGCCAACCCCAUUAACGAGGAUGAUCUGGUCUUGGCAAGUGAUGCAGACGCUGAGGGAGAUCCAGGAUCUGGAAAAAGAAGGGCCUUUUCCCAAGGAUUUUUCUAAGGUCGAAAAGAUACACGCCGAGAUUCUCGAGAUCAAGUCCCGGACUCCACCCUCUUUCCGCUUGGAAAACCCGGAUACACGGUUCGACCAGCUUCCUGAGUGCUGGUGGCUACCAUACGCACGAGCACAGUUACCACAGCUACACGCCUUCAACAUCCUUGCCCUUCAUCGCCCCUACGUCUUCACCCGCGCAGCCAGCCGAAACGCAGCACUGAAAGCGAGUCUGGAGAUGCUCGAGUCACAACGACAGCAAUUCGCCGCGCUCACCACGACGCAGCACCGGACGUACUCGCUUUUCUUCGGCACCUUCGACGCCGUCGUUAUGGUUGCUUCCAUCUACAUCCUAUUUCCGAAAGAGCACCUUGAACUGCUGGACCAAGCUCGCCAGCACUUCCAAUGGGCUGUAGACCGAUUCGAAAAGAUGGCCGAGCGCAACCACCUUGCGCGCUCGGCGCUAGGCGUCCUACAGGCUAUAUGGAUCCGCUUCAAGAAAGCCGUCGGCCACGGCUUCCUGAACUGCAACUGCAUCCAGACAGCUCGAGCCGAGACGGAGGCCGCCACGCGCUGGCUCAUAUCGCAGUCGGAAGCCCACGCUUCCUCGACGUCGUCUUCUUCACACCGCGCCAGCCACGACACAUCAGCCACUUCGGCGCCGUCCUUGUCAACCCAGCCCACGCCCAAGACAGAACUCACGACGCCUCUCGGCACAGGACCCACGCCCCCGGAAAUUCCGUCCGAUAGCAGCGCCCUGCUCUCGCCAGAGUGGACGCUGCCGACGGACUUCGACUUCGGCAGGCUCAUGCCCAUGUAUCCGAUGGGCGACAUCGCGUACAACGACCUGACAGGCGUCCUAGGCGGUCCAGUCGGCGGCACCACGGCAGGCACAAUGCCAACGGAAUACUGGACCACGGGGGCCGACUCUUCCUCCGUGAACAGCAAUAAUCAUCCGGACCCCUCCACGACAAUGGCGGGGCUAGGGAUACCGGGUUUGCAUACCAUGCCCGCGCAGGAGCAGUUCCCUUGGCAAUUUGGGGGCGAAUUCGGCACAGAUACGAUAUGGAAUGUGCUGAACCAGUUUCCGUCAUGAUGUCGAGAGUAGUAGGUUAGUAGAAAGGAGUCUGGGAUUUAGGAAGGACGUAUAUAUAUAUAUAUAUAUAUAUAUAUAUAUAUAUAUAUAUAUAUAUGUGCGUAUACGCAUCUGCACUAUUGCAUACUAUAUCAUAAGGUUGUCAUUUAGUUGUUUAUUUUUCCUGUGGAAAGGGAUUAUUCUAUAUAAAAGUCGCGUUAGUAUAGGUAUAUAUCACGGACAUACUUCACAUAGGCAGGAUGUUGCCUUUGAAAUGAAUAUACGUGUCUUUGGGGACGAAGAUAUACGUUUUCGCAGUGUUUGUA